AUGAUAGACCCGACGGUAGUUUUCGUGCAUCUCCGAGGCGAAGACGACGACGCAUUGAUGGCCGGACUUCUGCAGGGCCGUCCGGCAGCGAAAAAGCAUCGCGCGGUCGGUGCGGUUGGUUGGGAUCAAAAUGCAUUUUGUCGUGUGCGUGGAGAGAAGGGCGGCGAUGACGUCGGAAAGCAUGCCUUUCGCGGAGAGCCGGCGUCUGCGCACCGGGUCGAAGAUCGAGAUAUUCAUACUCCGCGUCCCCGCCUGCACCAAAUGCACCACAAACACAUCAAACCGCGGGAGAAUCAGGGUGUUGAGGGUUUGGAUCGGGUCCUUGUCGAGGGCCCGACAGGCCAGAGUCCGCAAAAACACCCAAUGCGCGCGAAACCACCCUUCCGAGAGCGCCGCCGGCGCCACCGCGCCGUCGCUACUAACCGGGACCCCCGCUAA